AAACCUCCUCCAUCUGCAAAUGGGAACCACUGUUCUGUUUGGGAAAAGAGAAGAAUAAUCAGGAAAAUAUCUCUUUGCUUUUGACUCAAUUCUCUUAUCCACCUGAGAGAUAUCGGUUUCUGUCGAGGCUCUCUCAACCGAGGGUCCCAUCGGUGAGAACCGAACACGAACUUCCCGGUUCCGAGUCGAGGACGAUGUCACUGCUGCAAAACGAACCCGUUUCUACGAGACGUAUCCUCCUCCUCGCUUCUUCCAUAAACCAAAAGGACUGAGAAGGAAGUUAGGCCAGCAAUUAUAUUGGCUUUCCCUCCAAACCUCUGCCUUCCCUCUGAGAUUCCCUUGAAAUCAAAGGAACACACACCCAAAAUUAAUUUUUUUUUAAAAAAAAAAUCUUGUUUUUCUGGUUGGAUUUCGUGUUAUUUUGCUGGUGAAGCUCUGCAGUUUGAUUAUUGGUCACCAUCUGAGACCAACUUCACACCCACAUCUGCUCUGCCAGAGGAUGCUUUGUUUGCUGAAACCAAUCCAACAUCUGCAGCUUUAACUUACUUCAGAGCUCUCCAUCCAUCCCCUGCUCCCAUAAAUUCGGUUCCCGCCCGUGUAAGUCUGUGCCUCCUCGGUUCCCAAGAUUUUCCAUUUCGGGUCGUUCUUGAUGAAGCAGUUUGAACUCGGAGUUGGGGGAGAAAUCGAAUAUUCGCGGAUAACAGAGCUGGUUAUGACUCAUUGGUUCUUGGGAUUAAUCUGAUCUCUAUUCACCCGGAAAAGUUCGGUUCUCGAAGCUCGAAGCUCGAAGCUCUGUUCUGCUCUGUCCCGCCUCGUCCCAUGAACACCCGGUACUUCUUCUCGCCGGAGUCGUUAUGCAACUCCGGCGUCUCGUCAAACUCUCCAGCAAUGGACGGUAGGAUGGUGAUAGGACCCCGGAUCCGUGCUCCCAGGUCAUCCGCCCCGAACUCACUCCUUGUUCGGGCAGCGAUGCGGAUUUCCCGGGCCAGGUGGUUUGCCUUCCUGAGGCGGGUGUUCCAUUACCAGAAUGGGUCCAGGUCGGACCUCGGGUCGAACCCGUUCAACUCCGCCACGUGGAUGGCGCUGGAGCUCCUGGCCUUGCUGGUCCAGAUAGGAAUAAGCAGUUUUACCCUUGCCAUCUCGAAGCGGGAACGGCCCAUUUGGCCCAUGCGGGUCUGGAUCGUCGGGUACGAUAUUGGCUGCGUCCUCAGCAUUCUGCUGCUAUACGGGCGGUACCGGUUUCUAUGUUCCGGUCAGAGGGACGGUUUCACUUUGCCGGAUCUCGAACAGCAGAGGGGCAGUGAAGACACUAGCCUGCAUCUGAUGAAUAGAUGCCGAACCUCGCUCGAGCUGUUCUUCGCGAUAUGGUUUGUGAUGGGCAACGUGUGGGUGUUCGACUCGCGGUUCGGGUCAUUCAGGCGGGCCCCGAAGCUCCACGUUCUCUGCAUCUCCCUGCUCGCUUGGAACGCCAUCAGCUACUCGUUCCCGUUCCUAUUGUUCCUCCUGCUAUGCUGCUUCGUGCCGCUCAUUAGCACUGUCCUGGGAUACAACAUGAACAUGGGAUCAGUUGAUAAAGGAGCGUCCGAUGAUCAGAUCUCGAAACUACCAAGCUGGCGUUACAAGGAAGCUGAUCAUAGCUGUCUAGAGCCUGGAAAUGGCACCGACCACAAUGCGGAUGAUCCAGAAUGCUGCAUAUGCCUCGCGAAGUACCGGGAGAAGGAUGAAGUAAGACAGUUGCCAUGCUCUCAUCUGUUUCACCAGAAAUGUGUGGAUCAAUGGCUCAAGAUCAUAUCUUGCUGCCCUCUAUGCAAACAAGAACUCGAUAGAUAAAAAAACAAUAUCGAUCAAUAUAUACCGCGUUCUCUUUGAUUUCAUGUUUUUCGGUUGAUACAAAGUGAUUCGUAAGUAUAUAUAUCUGCGUGGUUACGAGUGAAGCUAUUGUGUUGUAAAUUGUAAUCCAGAGGAGCUCGCCAGUAACCAUCAAAGGAAAUACACCGGAAGUCGGAGAUUUUUCGUUUUAACUUCGCCAAGCGGCCCCCGAGUUUUCGCCAGCAGAGGGCUCGGAAGUCUGAAAUCCCAUCGGCCCGGGAUUAUAUGAUGCUUAUACAUUGAUUUUGAGUGUCGACACAGGACAAAGAAUUCAUGCAAGUACGUAGUAAAGAUCUGUACAAUUUUCUUUAGCUGCCAUGAAUAGUAUUAUUAUUUAUUUGCUU